CGUCAGUGACUGGGUUAACAUGGCGGCGGUGCGGUGGAGUGUUGUGUUCGUCCUCACAUUUUUAGUCGUUUACGCUCUAAAUACGUCAAGUGCGCAUAUAAGUGAUGCAGAUUACAACACAUAUACGAUUUAUGAUGGAAAUUUAGAAGAAUUGGAACGGAGACAAAUCCAGCCUCUGCUACGGUUUAGACGAAGUGAUCUAGGUACUGGCAAUGAGAACUCUAAAACGGAGGAUAUGAAGUCAGCUGACCCCAUUAAAAAUAAAAAAGUUGACAACUUUCCUGAUAAAAGUGAUAAGAAAAAGCUGGCAGUAUUGAAGAAGGAUGCAUCAUCGACUAAAGCUUCUGAAAGUUCUACUACUGUAGCCCCAGUAAUGACCCCCAGUGCUAAUGUUUUUGUGAGCACCUCUACCCCAAAAACUGCUCCAGCCGCCACCACCACCACCACGGUUACCACCGCCGCUACCACCACCAUCACCUCCACUACCACUACUGUAACCAGUAGCCCCAUGCCCAGUAAUGAGAGCAGAGUUAACCUGGAGGAUAAUAGAACGGGAGGGUUGACGGUCACACAGAAUGUGACGGAAGAGAACAAGGGAGAGCCUGUUGCCCCAGCAGCAACUACCGCCAAUGGGACAUCAAGUGAUAGUCCCACCGAGAAUGACACGGUCACUCCAGUACAAGUCAGUGUCGAAGACCCCGACUCUUGGGAUGACAAAUUUCCAAACAUUUCGGACGAAUUUUCCACGCAAAACACCACUGUCGAUCACCACAGAUACUACAAUUCUGUCACCUAUUCAGGCAUGCAAGAAGCGCAACAAUACUGGGUUGAUCUAGACUCCCUCAAGGGAGAAAGUGUCGUAACAAAUGAGAUGCUGUCAGCUUCCCACCGCAGAGCUGUGACUGUGACGCUGACCUUUGAGUUCCCGUUCUAUGGACACAUGCUGAAGAACAUUACUAUUGCUACUGGGGGAUUUCUCUUCACGGGCGACUUUGUCCAUACCUGGCUGGCAGCUACCCAGUACAUUGCUCCACUUAUGGCUAACUUUGAUACUUCAAUAUCAAAAGAUGCAGUUGUCAAAUAUGCUGAUAAUGGUACAUCGUUUACUGUACAGUGGAAUAACGUACUGCUGAAGGAUCAUGCUGAUGCUGGCACAUUUACGUUUCAGGCAACGUUGCACAAGAACGGGGAUAUUGUAUUCGCAUAUAAACAAGUUCCAGUGAUAAUAACUAAAAUUGGUGAUGAACAGCACCCAGUUAAGGUUGGACUCUCUGAUGCUUACAUUGUGGAUCGUACAAUAUUCUUUGUGCGAAGAAAAACCAUCUAUGAGUAUCACAAAAUUGACAAGAAAACUUCUGGGAUUGGUAACUGGACAGCAAUUUUGUUCAAAGCUCUUCCAACAUGUGUCUCUCUCAACAGCUGUACUAAAUGUUUAUCUCAGAAGAUCAGUUUUCAGUGCCAGUGGUGCAGUGAAAUUGGACGAUGCAGCAAUGGGCUGGAUCGGCACAGGCAAGAUUGGCUGCAUAAUGGGUGUGAGGCCCUCCAUGUCCAGACUGUUAGCGAAUGUACCGAAACUGAUGUGAGCCCCACCACUGUAGACACCUUUGGCCAUGAUGCCAGUGUGGAGUCAUAUAGUAAAGAUGUAGAAGAGGCGGGUUCAGCUGUUGGUACAGUGGUUGGAGUAGUGUUUCUUGUAGCACUCAUUUUCGGUAUAACAGGCUGGGUCAUGUACGCCUACUUCUUCCCACAUUCCCCUUCGGGGCAGAUUCUAAUUCGGUAUCGCCCGAGCACAUGGUCAUGGAAGAGGGGAGAAGCCCGCUACACUGCCGCGUCCAUUCAUAGUAUUCACAUGUGAGCUGGAUCGUGGAUCAGUUACAUGCGCUUCAUCAUCUUGCCCUUCAGCAGUAAAAUUUCUUAAUGUUCAUUAAGACUGUAGAGGUGUAAAAUAUUGACAUUUUUAAUCUUGUUUUGGUAAUGUAGAGUUGAACUCAAGCAAAAUGGGUAAUGUUUUAAGGGUGGAUUUAGGACUGGCACACCUGUUGACUGUGCAGGUUUGAACUUCAUAUUUUGUGACUAGUACUUUCUGCUCACCUCUCAGGUAAUUGUUGUGUGUUAAGCCUGCCUGGUAAUAAUGUGUUUCUCAAUACUGGCAACAUUACU